UUGUUCUUCUUCUUCCUCUUCCUCUCUUUCUCUCUCUCCUCUGCUCUUCGCAUAUUUUUGAUUCUUUGUUUUCGUUUUUUUUUUUUUCUUUCUUUUUUCCAACAGAUAAACUAUAACCCCUUUUUUUCUUUUUAUCUGUUUUUGUGUUUCCCGGGAAUCUGUUUUCUCGGGAAAAAAAAAUCUGUUGAAUUUGUUCUUGUUCCCUUUACCAUAGUCUACCUGCCUUCUACAGCUAUUUUGUCUCUUAAGUUUUUUUGGAAAUCAUUGAGGUCUCUUUGGUGAGCUUAGAGUAAGAUUCAAGGAUUGUUCUGUUUUAAGCAGCCAUGGUUGUUGAGGUUUUUGUCCAUAAUAUAGUAGACGAACACACGUUUGUUAAAAAUAUAUUAACCGGGACAAUCAAUCUUCGGCAAUCAAUAAUUCAUAUGGCCACUGGAAUCAUUCUCCAUGCCAAAUGCACAAAGCCGAGCAUUGGUUGUAAAGUGUACACUAAUGGUGUGAAAAACUGGAGCAUUUAUUGGGUGGGUUCAUUUCGGUCCAUAAGGUUAAUCCUUACAUGGAUCCCAUUUUGGAUUCCAGAUGGACCUUAGGACCAGAGUGAAGGCAUGGGGUCAAACACUACUGAUGUGGCUGGUAAUUUCAAUUCGAUGGGUGAUGCAAAUUCUGGAUCGGAGAUCCUGGUGAAGGAGAUGUAUUCAAUUGGGAAUGACCAAGCACCCAAGGCCAGGAAGCCUUACACAAUAAAAAAACAAAGAGAGAAAUGGACAGAGGAAGAGCAUCAGAAGUUCCUUGAAGCUUUGAAGUUGUAUGGUCGUGGUUGGCGUCAAAUAGAAGAACAUGUAGGAACCAAAACUGCAGUUCAGAUUCGAAGCCAUGCUCAAAAGUUCUUUUCUAAGGUAGUUCGAGGGUCAACUGGAAGCAGUGAAGACUCCAUGAAACCAAUUGAGAUUCCUCCACCAAGGCCAAAGAGGAAGCCUAUGCAUCCUUAUCCACGGAAAUCAGUUGAUUUUUUUAAAGGAACAUCAGUAUCAAAUCAAACUGAAAGGUCUUCAUCUCCUGAGGAAGGCACAAAAUCUCCCACUUCAGUUUUAUAUACUCCUGGUUCAGAAGCUAUGGACUCUCCAGCUUCAGAUCAGCUUAGCAAAAGCUCUCCUUCAUCAACUUUAUGUACUACUGAUAUGCACUCUGGCAGUUUAUCUCCUCUUGAAAAGGAGAAUGAUUACACUACAUCAAACUCUUGUGCAGAAGAAGGGAAAGGAUCUUUGCCUAUCUUGGAGAAUGUAUCAUGCACGAAAUUCGAACCAGGUUCCAAGGAAACUUUAUGUGCUGAAGAAGAAGCUGCUGAGAUGUCAGCUUCCACAAGUAUCAAGCUUUUUGGAAGGACUGUUUCACUGGUGGACCCUCAGAGAGAAUCUCCUCCUGGUGCGGAGGAUUGUAAGGUAUCAACAUCUAAGACUGAACAAGCUGAUUCUGACAUUGAGGAUGAGAAGGUUGUUCAAACAUUACCCUCAGAUAAAUUAGACACAUGCCUGUCUCUUAGUGGAGUUGUUGGUAAUUGGAAUCCAUUGCCAUGUGGUGCUCCAAUUAUUCAAAUGGAGAACCAGAAAGAGAGCCCCAACUCUGUAGAAGGUGAUCCUCCUAGGCUGUGGUGGACUAUGUACCAACUACCAUUUUAUUAUCUCCCUGGAUAUAACCAAACUGCAGUUGAGACAGUCAGUUCUUGUGUGGAUGAAAGAAUGAAAGACAAGGAAAGAUCUUGCUCUGAUUCGAAUGAGGGAUCAUUUGGAGUCGAAAAUGUAGGAGAGAAGAAUAUAGAGACUGUUGAUUCUUCAUGUCCGGAACCCUGUUUUGAGGGAAGAGUUAGCCCCUGUAGUUCUAGGAAGGGGUUUGUGCCAUACAAGCGAUGUUUAGCAGAAAGAGGCAUGGAUUCUUCAGUGAGAGUUUCGGAAGAGAGGGAUAGACAACGGACUCGGGUUUGCUCGUAGUUCUCACUGCUAAAUUUUCUCUUGAACUUGCAUCUAGUUAUUUGCUUCUUUGCCUCUAAUUGUAGAAUGUUAGCAGGAUUACUAGAUGUAAAAGGAUGCAAGUAGCACAAACUCAUCUUCGUUUUUGAUUUGUUAGUAUUUUUGCCCCUAGCUCAUCAUCAUCAUAUGCAGAAGAUGGCAGAGACGUUGAGAGUUAAUUGGGGUUGUGCAUUAAUAGUUCUCUAUCCAUAUAGUUUGAAUGGUUCAAAAUUGACUAGAAGCCCGGAGGAAGAAAAGGUACAAGCGUUUAUGGGGCUUUGAAAUCUUACAUGGUCAUUCAAAUUGAGCACAAAACUGCAAUUGUCCAUUUUCCAUGUUGUCAAUUAUGUUUAAAGAGUAUUUUUCUGGCUUUGUUGCAAAUAGUUGUAACUUUAUGGUAGACUAAUAUUUUUUGGGGUUAAAUUAAACUCUUUUGAAGUAAUAA